GGUCAGUCUUCAAGUUACACUCCUCAUCGUUACUUCAAUCACAGUAUUACCAUUCUAUUUUAUUAUUCAUUAAAUAAUUAAAUAAAUUUCAUAUUCCGAUAUGUCUUCUCAAUAGUUGACCUGUUUUGGUUUUCCUACCCUAAAAAAUCCAAAAGUCCGUCAACUAAGUGGCCGGAGCAAACUUUUAUAAAAAAAAAGUAAAUUUGUUAAAAAAAUAGCAAUAAACAAACCAAGGAAGUGUGAGCUACAGAUGAAAAGCAAGUAAUUAUGGCAAAGCUUCGUUAACUACGGUGUAUAAAAAAAUAUUAGAUCGUCAUAGUCGCUGCACUAAUUCUCAUUCAUUUCUUCACGCUAAGAAAUAACAAAACAUAUCCCGAAUCAUGUUAAGAUUUAUAUUGAUAGCGCUUCUGACGAGCUGCCGAGUGAAUGGAAAUACCGAUAGUACAAAUGAGCCGCAUCAUCGGCAGAAACGAGUAUUUUGGAUUACCAAUGAUGGCAGAAUAGCUCUACCACCUGGUACUAUAUUGACCAUUACUCCUACAAUUGCUUUACCUUUCGUACGUUAUCCACCUCAUGGAUUUCUCAGUAAUAUGACUAUAAGUCUUCCUUUUACAAUUGACUUCGACAAAUUAGGAUUAACAGACAACGAAAAUCCUUACGGAGCAUUACCGCCGGUGUUUGGCCGCGGAAUGGAAAGUAGAAAAGCCGGUAUAAUGAUGGCCGAUUUCAUAGCCUCCUUCAUAAAACGACGAUUACAUAAACGUGAUUUAGAGGAAGCACCACCUAAAAAUGCAUUUCACGGAGGAGAACGCGCAUUAUUGUACGUAACCGCGGAGGAAAUGCUCUCCACGCUGGGUAUGGACGGCAAGGCUUGCUUAUUGCGCGCUAUUUGCGAAGUUCAAGGCCACCCGCUCAGUAAUUUUGGGCUUGUCGGUGAAAUGCUUAAACUAUUUUUCACGGCAAGUAAAUCGCCGUUUGCUGAGCUACUGAAUGAGUAUGUAGAAGCUGAAAAUCGUGGAAAAAUUCACGGAGAGUGCUGGCCUUAUUAUAAAAAUUGUCCUAAAUCAUUGUUUUUACCUUCGACUAAUCGAUAUACAAAAGACAGCAAUGAUAUAGAAGAACCAAAUGAAGAGAACGAAAUAAAAGACCAAAAAUCAGAUUACGACAGAAAAAGUCAGGAAUACAUGAUCAACCCAUCCAUGUAAAUAGUAGCUUAAUUAUAGGAUUUAAUUGAACUAUUUAAAAAAAUGUGAUUGAUUAAACAAUUUAUUAAUUAAUCACUGACCACAGUGUGGUGAAGAAGCUCAGGUGUAAUUUUAUCUAAAACUAUUUAUUUAUUUAUUGAAGUAAAUAAUUUUGAUAACGAAAACAGCAGCCGUCUAAUUAAUAAAAUUUAAUAGAUUUUUUAUAAUUAUAAUAAAGUAAUUAGAUAACUGCUGUUUUCAAUAUCCUAUUCGCAUUACUAAUUUAUUACUACAGUCAUACUAAUAAAAUAUGAUCUUAAGAUCAUAUUUUUAUAAUAAUCAUACAUUGUUAAGUUUUAAAUAUUUAAAUUGUUAAUGCCAUAUUUAAUUAUUAAAUUAUUCAUAUUUA